AUGAAUUGUCAUCAGAUUCUAAGUGGUGCUUGCAACGCUGGCGAUCGUUGUUUUGCUGUCGGAUCCGUUGAAGGUGUUCCUUUCACAGCCUACGCAGCGGGAUGCAACAUUGUCGUGCUAGCGAGCAACUUCGAGCGUGUCCAAAUUAUACCCGGAGCGGUGCACAAUUACAUCCGCAUAUCGGCCUUAGAUGCAAGCACCGAUACCGGGAAAAUUGCGGCCGCCUACGAGGAUAAAGUUUGCAUCUUUGAGCCGACCCCACUGAUACACACGGAACGCGCUUCAACACAUGGUCUGGAGUACAAGUGGGUUCAGACAGGAAGUUUGCAAGCUGCUUCCCAUAUCAGCUCACUGUCGUGGAACCUCGAAGGAACGCGUCUGCUGACGGGAGGAACGGUAUUACAGUUGUGGCAUGAACGUUUAUCCAAGCAGGACGAAGAUGAGCCAACGUCGGUUAAAUUUGAAAUUGGUGGAGAACGCGAUCCGAAAACGCCCACUGGCGAAGAGGAAACCGAUAGCAGCUCAUGGGAUUGCGUAUGGAAGUGUCACACUGCAACGCCGGUUCAUCAUAUGGCGUUUAGCCCAGAUGGAACGCUGUUUGCAACCUCCGGCAAAAGCGAUCGUUUGGUGAAGGUUUGGUACGAGAACAAAUACACUUUGUUUCCGAACAAGAGUUUUGAUCAGUCGCAGUCACAAAGCUUCAUUGGUGGCUCCGAAGUCAGUUAUGGAUUCGUGUACGUCGCCCAUCCGCGUGCCGUUACGCACCUUUCGUGGCGCAAGACGAGCAAAUACAUGCCAAAGGGAUCGGUGUCCAAUAUGUUAGUUACCUCGUGCUUGGACAACAUAUGCCGAGUCUGGGUGGAGACGAUACUGCCGGAAGAUGGGUUGGUGAACAUGAACCAGUUUGAUCCAUUGGCUUCGCAAAAUCCAAAGUUCCGUACGCAUCGCCAUAAGCAUCGGUUUAUGCAACGUUUGAAGCAUAUGAAAACAUGCUUCCAUAUACGUCGGCAUGCCAAACACAGCGGCAACGGUGGUGUUAACGGGCUGAAUGGAAUGGGUCCGGGUUUUGGUGGCCCCGGUGCUAGUUCCGGGUUUGGCAAUGCACCAAUUCCAACGUUGCCGUCGACGUAUAGUGUCCAUGACUUUCAUUCGUACGGAUACCACGGUACAGGUAUGCGGUCUGGGUUGCAUUUUCACUUGGCCGCGUCAAUAAACGCCGAGACGGACAUACCGCUGGUGCCGUCGAUGCACACGACCGACCCAUCGGUGCAACCCAACUUUAUAUUGCACUGGCUGAACAACAAGGAGAUGCACUUUACGCUACAAGCCGAAGGAAUUUUACAGGAGAUGACGCGCAAAGUGAUCGAAAAAGAGGACAUGCAAAAUGUUUCCGGUAACGUGAGUGAAGGUGGUGGAGGGGCAGGUGCAAACGAACCCGGCGGAAGCAUGCUGAUGGAAGAGGGAACCAUUAACGAGCAUCAUCGAAAGGGACAGCUGAGAAGCACGCUCUCGCAGGAAGAAAGCAACAGCAGCGAGGAGCAUCCAGCGUUGCACUCGCAGCAUAGAUCUCAUUCGAUUGGCGCUGGCUCCCACGUCGGGCUGCCCAGCCAUCACUCUUUAUCUAACACGACUUCCAUCAAUUCGCUAGCGAACGAUGGACAUUUACAUGUCACGGAUUCGCUCGACAUGAAGAUCGAUUGUCUGCUGCGCGACUGGCAGCAUAACCCGGAUCUGCUCUUUUCCAUUCACCCAAUCGACGGCAGCUAUCUCAUCUGGGUGGUCGAAUGGUUGGACGAAUACCAUCCAGGAUCGUAUCGGCAAGCUCAGGUUUCCUUUUCCACACGCAUCCCUUCUGCUUUCCCGCUGGGAGAUGCCAUGUCGAUGUCUACGACGGUUGCCCUCUACAAUACGGGUGGAAAUCUGGGCUUCCGCGAUAUGAUUAUGCGCGGUCCGAAGUCAUCGAGCGCCGUAGGAGGUCAAUAUAACGCCGGUCAGCUGGACAUAGUGAGCGAUGUAAUUACGUCCCUGCCGAGCGUGAUGGAAGAAAACGAAGCUAACGAGGACGAUAAUGCGGAGCACGGUAGCAAUGCUGACACGGAAGAUCCGGAUGGUGAAAAGGCAGAAGAUGAUGGCGCCAAAAAGGACAAUACAGGUGUGGAUGGCUCCUCGCCCGAGCAAGCAGACAUUUUAACGGCACCACCGUCUCCCACCAUCUCGAUGGUAACAAAGCAUUCGAACGGGACGCUCAACCUAUGGCAGCUGACGUUUGCCGAUAGAAGCAAGUUUUCGCAGGUUCUAAGCAUAGGUCAUGCUUCUCGUGCCUCCGGGCAUCGAUUCCGCGUGAAUGACAUAACGUGCCAUCCCGUGUUGCCGUUGCUACUUACGACAUCGCAUCACAACAUACCGGAUAUGCCGACGAACGGCACCACGCAAUCCGAAAGUGGCAACGGCAACCGUGCAGCAGGCAUGAACCGUUCGAAGGAUGUAUGCGUUCCAUCCGGCUUCUGUUCCGAGCUGAUAUUGUGGCGUGUGGAUGCGGUCGGACCACUGUCACAGUCGGGAGGCGUCAGUGAACUGGCCCGCAUCAAUUCGCCCGAAAUUUCAGCCUUUAGCAACGUUGCCUGGAUACCGACGUUGCUGCCCAGCACAACUCUCGGCAAUCUAAGCAACUCCCCGUCGGCCUGCUUCGUGGCUAGCGAUGGCGAAUGUUUGCGUGUGUACCAGGCAGUGAUUGAUGCGCGCACAUUGUUGGCCGAAAUAUCGAGCUCUGAGCGACGGUUUAGACGGAUGGAUUCACUUAUGUCCUUGUCCACCGAGUCGUCGGAAAAUGCAGCAAUGGUACCUCCUAUUCUGCACGACAAGAUUAAGAUCGUAUCACAGCAGUCCACCGCUAGGCCAGGGUGCAUUAUACAGCUAGAUGCAAUCGAUGAUGCCACGCAUGACUGGCAGAAUACGCAGUUUUUGCACGUGUUCCAGGAGCAAUUGAUUACGGGUGAACGCACGGAACUGGCGGAUCCGUUCGGUGGCGUGAAACCUACCAUCGGGCUGAUGGACGGUGGCAUGGGUGCGAUGGUGGAUUUGCAGCGAAACGCUCAGUUUGAGCAACCGUUUUACUUGGUCGUGCUGGAGCGCACAGCAAACGGCACCACGCUGCACAUGUGGCGUAUUGUGAUUGCUUCCCAACCGACUGCAGCUGAUGAAAUGAGCAGCAGCAUGAUGUACGUUCCGGACAGCAACCUGGUGCAGGAUCUAGAGGAUCCGGAGAAUCCACAACGCCCAUCGGUGAUACCGGACGAUGUUCCGAAGGGUGCCGGUUCCCAGCACCCCCGGAACGCGCCACUAGAUCACGCAUCACACGUCAACAUUUCAACUACAAAAGUGUGUACUCAGGAACUACCCCUACCGGACGGGGUGGACGUAAUCCAUGCUGCACCGGCCGCAGGACAUUUGAGCUCGUCCUCGAUUUAUCCGGCAUGUUUUGCACCGUACAUCAUCGUAACGGCGUGUUCCGAUUCAACGGUACGAUUUUGGAAGUGUAAAAGCAGUCGCAACGGUGGUGCUAGUGAUAGUGGAAAACACGAUGAAAACCGGCCGUCCAGAUACGAGUGGUGUGAGUGGGAAAUGAUUCGCAAAGACCAAGAAUCGACGAUCGACGUGAACGGGCAACUGUUGCACAUUAGCGCCGCUUAUUCUGGGCGUAUCGCGUGCGCGUACAAGUACGGCAAGUCCUUCACGCGUCCGACGAAGAGCACCGAUCCGGAAACGCGCUUUGUCAACCUGAGUGUGGCUAUCUACGAAUGUGAAUCGACCGGUGGCAGCGAGUGGGUGCUCGAGGAUACCAUUCACCUGAAAAACAUUCAUCUACCGCGCAUUCAGGUGGACCAAAACCUGGAUCUCAGCUAUCUGUACGACACGCGCACGCUACAAAAGAAGCAGCGAUUAAACCAGGUGCUGCACACUCUGUCGCACGAUGAGGCUCGAUUGCCGAGAUCCGGCAACGGCGAUGUAACACCGGAAACGCUCGCUAAACCCGGCACGGGGCUGCUUGCCGUGCCGAGCUUCAGCACGCUACAGUCCCUGCGCAAGAGCAUCACCGAGCACGGAAACACGUGUCCCAUCACGCAGAAGCAUCUGGUACAGCUAGAUUGGGUUUCGAAGGAGGAUGGCUCGCACAUCCUAACCGUGGCAGUGGGGAGCAAAAUUUUGCUCUUCACUCCGGUAUGCAGCGAUCUGGCUCAAUCGAACAUGAAGGCGAUGAAGGAAUCGCAAUCGUCCAACCGACCGCUACUGCGCAAGGCCAGUUCGUUAGCGCAGCCUCAUUUCAACGACGAAAUACGCUGGAUGAAAUUGCGCCAGAUCGAACUGACUACGGCCGAUGGGUUGCCACCGCUGCCGAUGCAAAUUUCCUGGGUGAGAGACGGCAUCUUUGUCGCCGGCAUGGACUCGGAGAUGCACGUGUACUCGCAGUGGAAACCACAAAGCAAUAGUCUGUACAACGUGCACAACCAACUCGACAUUGACGACAUAUACGACACGCGUAACCUGAAGGAUGAAGAUCUUCGCUCGAUGGCGCAGGACAGCAGUCAACGGCGGUUGGCGAACGUUUCGUCGAUGCCUGUUCUGUCGCGGGUCAGCUCCAUCAACUUGAAUCAGAUGCUGUCAUCAGCGGAUGCCAAGAAAAAGAAACCGCUGGGUACCGCCAGCACUGGACAGAUUGGAGCGGCAGCUUCAGCUACCACGAACGGCGCUGACCAGCAAUCGCCCGGCCAUCAUGACUACAUGACCGAUUACGGACUGUUUGAGGCAUCUCGCAUCGCGUGCCCUGUCCUGCCACAGUACCAUCCGAAGCAGUUGAUGGAACUGUUAAACUCGGGCAAGAUUCGCUGGGUCAAAGCCAUCCUGGCGCAUCUUGUCCGUUGUAUUAGCGGAUCGUACACGGUACGCGGUGGCGGAGGUGACGAAGAGAGUCUCAAUCGACAGCGUGGUUGGUCUAGAACUCGCACACUUUCCAUUAGCUGCCCGGCAGGCACCGUUAGUCCUCUUGAACCAAGAGGAUCGACGACACAGAUUCCGGAAGAGUUGACCCUUGACUAUGCGGAAAUCACAUCAAUUCCCCCGUUACCACUAUGGACCUUGUUGGCAGCGGAUAAGGAAUCGACCAGCAAUAAUUUGCAGCAAAAUGACGAAGACUACAACGAGCUGUUCGAAAGCAAUACUGCCGAUGAAUCGUUAGAUGAUUUGCUAGACGACGAAAGCGGUGGCGGCGAGAUGAACCGUCAUACGGAUCGACGCUCUUCGCUACCGGAAAAGCACUAUCUUUCGCACUUUGGUCCCCGGCAAGGACAACUGCUGUCCCGGUUGCUGACUCACACUCACCUGCCUGGGCUGUCGUCACUGGAUCAGAUGCAUUUGCUCGCGUUGGCCGACACGGUGUCGACAUGCAACAUCGAUUUUGCGGAACGGUUCGCAAUAGACGCGGCCAAAACGGCAAUUGCGAAGGAAAAUUUGACCGGUGUUCCAAACACAGAAAGUGUAUCGACAGAUUCCCUGGACGAUUGUGGGCUUCGAUUUUUGCUGGCGAUGAAACACUACAACUAUCUGUUGCGUUGCUUACCCAUUUCGCAACGGCAUUCGUUCCAGAAGCAGGGUGUCGGUACGUCCAACAUCGUGUGGGCUUUCCACUCGGAGAGCGAGGAAGAGCUGCUCAAUCUGAUACCGUCGUACGUGAAAGGACAGCCCAAGUGGCACGUGCUCAAGGAACUGGGCGUUGGUUGGUGGUUGCGCAAUAAUAACCUGCUGCGCCAGUGCAUCGAGCGCUUGGCGAAGGCUUCGUUCCAGGCUAACCAGGACCCGUUGGAUGCUGCCAUCUAUUACAUGGCGAUGAAAAAGAAAUCCGUUGUGUGGGGACUGUACCGGUCGAAGAGAGACGAAAAGAUGACGGCCUUUUUCGCUAACAACUUUGCCGAGGAUCGUUGGCGUAAAGCUGCGUUGAAAAACGCAUUCGCACUGCUCGGAAAGCAGCGGUUUGAGCAUGCAGUGGCAUUCUUCCUGCUGGCCAAUUCACUCAGCGAUGCACUGGAGGUGUGCCUAACGAAGCUGGAAGAUCUGCAGCUGGCGCUGGUGAUCACGAGAUUGUACGAAGGAGAGCACGAUGCAACUCCACCCAGCUUUAAGCGGUUGCUUUUCGAGGAGGUGCUGGGUUGCGACAAGAAUGGUGAAAAUCAGGACCUCAGCCGAGCGCAUCCUGAUCCAUUUCUACGUUCGAUGGCACUGUGGAUUUUGAAGGAUUACACCGGCAGCUUGAGCACGUUGCUCGACAGCCAAAUUGGCAGCAUGCACCCACUGUUUGAUGAUGAAAGUGCGGCCCUUGGCAGUGGCUCUCAUCAUGACACUAGUCAUUCGACGAACCCGAACGUGUUCAACUUUUACGUGUAUUUGCGCACGCACCCUCUGCUGAUUAGGCAGCACAUUGCCUUGUCGGCGCAGGAUAAGCGAAAGGCUCAAGUUGUCAUUGCAGGAUUUAGCUACGGCGGUGCGGAUGCCAGCACCGUAUCGGGUGGACUUUCGACGGAUAAGCAAAUACAGCUGGAGGAUUCGAUCACGCCGCUAGAAAGACAGCUCUACUUUACCACUGCCCAUGCUCACUUUAAAGCCGGAUGUCCUGCGUUGGCACUGGAGGUGCUUAGUAAACUGCCUACCAAAGUCAUCGAGCAGGAAACGAGCAAUGUGCAAAGUCCCGGCAGCGGGCUUGAAAUUAAGGAUCAGAGUACGCUGAUUGCCACCGGAACGCUUGACUGGAGCAACGGCAACAGCAGCAAAGACACGGCGGUCAGCUCAUUCGAUUGGGGAGCUUCCACUGGAAACAGUACGGCCAUGGACUGGGGUGCACCAGUGACCUCUCAGCUGAACGGCGGAAAUGAUGAAUUCAAAAUCGUUUGGGAUGAUGACGAAGCGGGCGCCGAAAAUGAGAGCAGCGACGAUGACGGAGGCAUCCAGAUCAAGAAAAAACCCGACACGGAAAGUCUUCCACUCAACAAGAUGGCUGAGACUGAGCUUGAAGACGGUUCGGCUGGGGGUGGUAGUUUGGAUAUUAUGGCGCAACAGCUGAAGUUCAUCGCAUGCUUGAAGAUUCUUAUGGAGGAACUAUCGACACUGGCCACGGGCUUUGAGGUGGAUGGUGGUCAAUUGCGCUAUCAACUGUACGUUUGGCUAGAGCGUGAGGUGGAGGCACUGAAGCAGCUGUGCAACUAUAGCACUGGUGAUUCGGAAAAUACGGCCAUUGAAGAUACCACCACGGCGGAAGCGAUGGACCGUGACACGCCGCUGCUGGCAAACAAGUUCCCCCACGACAAGCCAACGUUGCACGAAAUUCUCAUUCAAGAAAAGCAAGAUUUCGAAGCAAAAGUCCAGCGUGCAGCACGCCGCAAGCGCUGGUUGAAAGCCAACGAGACGCUGCUACGCACAUUGCUUAGCUAUUGCUCCCUGCAUGGUGCCAGCGGUGGAGGCUUAGCCUCGGUGCGCAUGGAGUUGGUCCUGCUGUUGCAGGAACUUCAACAGGAAAAGACGCAACAGCAGCUGCUGAGCCCACUGCCCUUCCCGACCACGUUGCCGUUGUUGAGUGCCUGCGUAGCCGGCAACAAAACGGUGAUUGCGGAUCCGCUGCGCUAUCUGCAGUCCCACACGCACGAUAUGCUGCAAACGAUGGUCAACAUGCGUACGCCGCCGCAUAUGAACCGUGCCUACACCUUUCCGAGUGGUAUCUUCGUCCUGCGGGAUCUUGCCGUGGCGCUCUCGGCUUGCAUCUACCAGUCGUUGUGCGAUUCGGACACGUUCAGCGUGAAACAGUCGUCCUCGUCGGUCGACGGUGGCAGCCAGGGUGGUUGCCAUAGUCCUGGCAUGGAGACGAUCGCCAAGCUGAACGCGAGCUGCCAGAGCACGCACCUUAUGGCUAAUGCGGCCGCUCAUCAGCGCCGCCGGAAGUACUCGACCGAUGAGCCAUUGGCGGUGAGUACGCCUCCCUCCAAGUGGCCCGGGGUGACAAACCUGCGAGCGCUGCUGGCACGAGAGAAGGACGAAGAUACACCGAGGUUGAACGUGUUACUGUGCGAAUCGUUUGUGGCCGCCUACAUGGCGCUGUUCGUGUACGCGCUCACCACUUGCGAUAGCCACAUUCUGUACCGCCUGGCUGGGCAGAACUUUUCCGACGGUUCCUGGUCGGCGUUAUUCGGCGGUGGCGUUAAGAAGCUGUUGCGUAAAGCCACCUCGCAUGCGCAAACUGUCCAGGCGCAACUGCAGCAGGAUAGCGUGGAAAGUGCAGCUGAUGCAGGCACCACCGCAGCUGAGGGUAGCGUAUGGGGAGCGGUCACGUCACUCACCAAGCACCGGGUGAAGCUAAACAUGAAGCUGUUGGGACCGUUCGCUGGACCGCAGGGUGCGUCUAACAUGAAAGAAGACAAACCGACGUAUCGAGAACAGUUUGUGCCGCCGGAAAUGUCCAUGGUGUCGUACUUUCUCACCAAACCAAUUCCAAAGGGCAUCGGAGCCGACGAGGAGGAGUACGAUUCGGCCGAUUCAGCCGUGUCCGAUCUUGACGACGAGGACGAAGAUGAGGAUGUGUUUAAUGAUCCGCUCAACAACGACCCCAAAGCAUCACAAGUGUCGGCAGCGGUGCGAAAGCACCGGCUGGAAAACACGGAACACUCCAAUCCAAACUCUUACUCGUGGUGCAUAAUGCGAUUUGCACUGAUACGCGUCGCGCAGAACCAGCUGCAAUCGUUUAUCGGGGUGGCCGGGAUCGAAAUGCAAGAGCUACCUGUCUGCAGCCCGUUGGUGCACGGCAUACUGAGGACAUUGUCUUUAUGGCAAGAUCUAUUGAAGGAAGAGCUAGAAAAUCGGGGACCUGCUUCUGUCGAUUACAUUCCUGGUUGCUUUAUUGAAUCGGAAGCGAAAGGUCCAGCAAUACACAAGUAUCGUUCGUUAUUGGAGCGUUCAAAUACACCAUUUAGCCCGUGUCUGUCAGCAUCCGCACCUGCUCGGCGGCUAUGGAAUUAUUUGGUUCGGAUCGAAUCCGUUCAGGAUAUAUUCAUAAGAGCCGUUUUUGCAGCAUCAAUAAUCGAUUCCAGCACACCAAUCGGACACGAAAAUAAUGGCAGCAUAACCGGAGUUUAUCAGCAGCAUAAUCAAAACAUUCCAGAACCGGUACGCAUCAUACAUAAGGAUCAGGAACAGAUAUCGGCGUUCUGUCUCAACAUGGUUAAUCCGGGUUUGCUUGCACUCGCCACCCCGAGAGAGGUGCAAGAGAUGGAUAUUUCUCUGCUGCUUGAAUCGCCCAACUGGAUGGAGGAUGAAUGUGAGAUGGACAUUAUGAACCUAGCGAAAGAUAUUGAAUCGCUUCCGUCGAGCAGCUUUCUCGUCAUACAAACUUCAACUGAUAAACAUUUAAUCAACCAAAAUAUUAACAGUGCUCAGAACUAUGGUGCACCAUCGAGCCCUCAACCUGGAAUUGCUGGACAAUCAGGCCGGGGAGCAUCAGUGGUAAUCAAACAUAAAGUAGACAACAUUAAACGAAUGAGUGCUCACCCGCUGUUGGCGAUGUAUUUGACUGGUGGACAAGACGGUUCUGUGCAGAUGUGGGAAUGGAGCCAUCAACAGGUGGUCUGGACACCGCGUCCUCCAGGAACUUUCGCAAAGGUUACCCGUUGCAGGUUCUCUCAGCACGGUAACAAGUUCGGAAUUGCCGAUGGUGAUGGUAAUCUGAGCCUCUGGCAAGUGGGAUUGGUGAGCCAAAGCAAUCGGCCAUUCUUUACAUACCAAUGCCAUAAUAAAGGAAUCACAGAUUUCGUUUUCCUUGGAUCAUGCAGCUUGGUUGCAACAGCUGGUCACAGUUCUGAAAGCAAAAAUGUGGCUAUAUGGGAUACACUUUUACCCCAAAAGAAGGCUCUAGUAGCCGCUUUUACAUGCCACGAUCAGGGUGCUUCUAGUCUUGCGUAUGCACCGCAACACCAAAUGUUGAUUUCCGCUGGCAAAAAGGGUGAUGUCAGUAUUUUCGAUGUGCGUCAACGAGUACUAAGACAUCGGUUCCAGGCUCACGAACAUCCUAUCAAAUGCUUAGCCAUUGAUCCUAACGAGGAACAAUUCGUAACCGGGUCGGCUGACGGUGAUAUUAAGGUGUGGGGUUUGAACGUUCAUACGCAACUGUACAGCUUCAUUGGAGAGCAUGCACGUAGCAGCUUUUUCAAACACAUUGGUCAAGGCGUUACGCAGUUGCAGAUUGAUCAAGGUGGUCGACUAUUUUCCUGCGGGGCCGAUGGUUCGAUGAAGGUACGGCAACUACCUGAUCGGGAAUCGAUUGUUCAUUCGUUGUACUAAAUAUAGAUAAGCUGAUCCUUAAUUCCGUGUGAAAGCGUUCGUUACAGAAACAAGUAGGAAAUAUUAAAUCAACUUUAUGUAGGAGACUGGUUAAAACAUUGAUGCAAAGUAUUAAACGAAGUGAGGAAUGGGAUGACAGAGUGGUCAAUCUAGCUUUGGCGAUUUAGCUAAUUGACUGUUGACGAGUAUA